GGAGGGAGAGAGACACUCUUAAGCAUGCUCCGCGCCCAGCGCGGAGCCUGACGCAGACUAGGGGCUCCAUGUCACGACUGUGAGAUCUUGACCUGAGCUGAAAUCGGGGGUCAGGAUGCUAACCAACUGAGCCACCCAGUGCCCCCAUCUUAUUUUAAAUAACUGUAUCAAGUGAUGAAGGAGGAGAAAACAAAUGUUCUCACUGCUUUACAAGGUUAUCUUCCAUUCCUCAUUGACCCCUUUAAGAGAAGGACUGACACUUAAUGACCUUCUUGGCAAUCACAUACGGUUGUUAGCAUUUAUUCCUAUCUUACUGAUUCAGAAAUGGAGGACCAGAGAAAACAAGUAUUUUACCUAGGAUUGCAGACAUAUAUCUUAUAGUAGUGUGACUCUAAAGCCAAUACUUUCUGUACUAAGCAUAUCAUUUUCUACUUGAAGUGGCUUAUUUUUAGGGUCAGUUUAUCCUUUGGGAGAUACAGUUAGCAGCAUAAAAUAAAUAGUUAAUGUGUUAAAUAAGUCAGAAUUCAACGAUGCUUAAGGUAUACCAAGGAGCAAGGAUAACUUGUCUUUGAUGUUUUACGGAGUUCAUUGAUAAAUAGCCUUACCUUUAAAAGUACUGCUGUAGUACUUUAACAUGGAAUUUUAAAUAUGAUUUUCACGUUAAGGUUCUUCCAUAUUUGGGUUAUCAUCUUCAUUUUACAGAUGCUGAAACUGAGUUGCAAGCUUGAGGUAAGUGCUAAGUAUUGCUAGAUGUGAAGUUCAGGUUUUCAAAAGAAAACAGUAGUUUACUAUACAUAAAGAGAACCCAGUGAUUUGCAGUCAAGAUACUUCAGAGCCUCUGUUAUGCACCUAAAGCCAUACUGGAAACUCCAGAAGAAAGAGCGACCUCUGGAAAUCAGCAGGGAAACUUUGAGAACUCCUAUGAGCCACCACGAAGCUAUAAAUGAUGAAAAAUGCAAAGCUAGCUACAUGAAACCAAGUGUCUUUCCUUCACCCUCUCUUGGUAAAGCGUCAUCUCGAAAGCCUCUUGGGAUUCUUUCUCCAAAUGUUCUGUGCAGUAUGAGUGGGAAGAGUCCGAUAGAGAGCAGCUUGAAUGUUAAAACCAAGAAGAAUGCACCGUCUGCAACAAUCCACCAGGGUGAAGAAGGGGAAGGGCCGCUUGAUAUCUGGGCUGUUGUGAAACCGGGAAAUACCAAGGAGAAAAUUGCAUUCUUUGCAGCCCACCAGUGUAGCAAUAGGAUAGGAUCUAUGAAAAUAAAAAGCUCCUGGGAUAUUGAUGGGAGAGCUACUAAAAGAAGGAAAAAAUCAGGAGAUCUUAAAAAAGCCAAGAUACAGUUGGAAAGGAUGAGGGAAGUCAACAGCAGGUGCUACCAGCCUGAGCCCUUUGCGUGUGGCAUUGAGCACUGUUCUGUGCAUUAUGUGAGUGACAGUGGGGAUGGCGUCUAUGCCGGGAGGCCUCUGUCAGUCAUACAGAUGGUUGCCUUCCUCGAGCAAAGAGCCAGUGCCCUGCUAGCUACAUGUACGAAAAACUGCACUAACUCACCUGCUGUGGUGAAGUUUCCUGGGCAAUCCAGAAGUGUGCCCCCAGCCUCCGAGCCCUUUUCUGCCCCAGGAGCUUGUGAAGAAUCCACGGAAAGGGGAAAUUCUGAGGUUGGUGAACCACAGAGCGAGCCAGUCCGUGUCCUUGACAUGGUAGCCAGGCUGGAGUCUGAGUGCCUGAAGCGGCAGAGCCAGCGUGAGCCUGGGAGCCUCUCGAGGAAUAACAGCUUCCGUCGAAAUGUGGGCCGCGUGUUGCUUGCAAAUGGCACUCAGGCUAAUGAAGGCAAAACAAACAAAGGGGCCUUGGAGGCACCAGACACUCAGGUGAAUCCUGUGGGGUCUGUAUCUGUGGACUGUGGCCCCUCAAGAGCUGACCAUUGUUCUCCCAAGGGGGAUGAGUCCUGGGACGGUGCUCCUCGGGGCUGUCCGUCGUUGCCAGCGAGUGUGAAUUUCCUCAUGGACAGUGCAGAAUUUGAGCCAGAUCAGCAAACUGCCCUGAAAAAUGGCAAUAAAUAUGAUGUGGAGAUGACAGAAGAACUUGUUGGGUCAUCUUUUCCUGCUGGCACCUGCCCUCAAGCCAUUGAAUUGCCCACAGAUGCUGUUGAUUGUCUGAGUAGAGAGCUCGUGCCGCUUACUAGCCAAAAUCCUGAUCAGAGAAGAAAGGAAUCUUUGUGCGUUAGUAUCACUGUGUCCAAGGUAGAGCAAGGCCAGCCUUCUAGUUUAAAGCCCUGUGAAGACCCACUUCCAGGGAUGUUGUUUUUUUUGCCACCUGGUCAGCACCAGGCAGACUGUUCCCAGUUGAAUGAAAGCACAAGGGAGUCUUCCGUUGCCGGCCACCUUCAGGAUGCUGCUGAGGGUGACAGUACCACUGAGGAAAAAAGUGUUUCAGCUGAUUCAUUUGUCCUGCCAGCCUCUCCUGUGGAAAGUACAUUACCGGUGCUUGAGGCAUCCAGUUGGAAGAAGCAAGUGUCUCAUGACUUUCUGGAGACCAGGUUUAAAAUCCAGCAGCUUUUGGAGCCUCAGCAGUACAUGGCUUUUCUGCCUCACCACCUCAUGGUGAAAAUCUUCAGGUUACUUCCCACCAAGAGCUUAGUGGCUCUUAAGUGUACCUGCUGCUAUUUCAAGUUUAUCAUUGAAUACUACAAUAUCAGGCCAGCAGAUUCCCGCUGGGUGCGAGAUCCACGAUACAGAGAGGACCCUUGCAAGCAGUGCAAGAAAAAAUACGUGAAAGGGGAUGUGUCCCUGUGCCGGUGGCACCCCAAGCCCUAUUGCCAGGCAUUGCCCUACGGGCCAGGAUACUGGAUGUGCUGCCACCGGUCUCAGAAAGCCUUCCCUGGCUGUAAGCUGGGGCUUCAUGACAAUCACUGGGUCCCUGCGUGCCACAGCUUUAAUCGGGCAAUCCAUAAGAAAGCGAAGGGGACUGAAACUGAAGAGGAAUACUGAAGUCUACAUGAGAGGCGACAGAAGGACUGGUUUUCUAGGAUUGCAGAACCCCACCUAGAGCUGUAGAGCUACCAUGCGAGUGAGUGUUGCCUCUCAGAGCCGUCACUGUAGGCGAAUCUGUACGUAUUCCAUCAGGACUGCCAUUGCUCAGGCAAUUUUUAAACUCUUGCUUUACGAGCUGUACAAGGAAAUCGGUCUCAUUGUUUUAUAGUGGCACCUCCCAUUUGGUCCAGGGUGGUAUCCCACGGUUUGAUUCACUUGGCUGUGAAUAACUAUGCCUAUUCUCCCAAAUCAAAUCCAUCCUCAAACGACGAAGACUUGCCACCAUCAAGGACAUUCAGCAGAGUUCAUUGCAGACUAUGCAGGCGAUCCCCAAAAAGGGGUUCCAGAAAUGUUUUCAAGCACUGGCACCAUAUUUGAAAUAAGUGAAUAGUGUCCUCUGGAAAGAAUAGCAGCACUCUCGGAUGAAAAGUAUGCUUACAAAGGAAAAGUCAGGCACCUUACCUUAGCCCUUGUAUGCUUGAUCUGUGAGAUUGAGGUUUGUGGUUGGAGAUGGAUUUCAUGCCCUGUGGUGUUUACAGUGUAUAUAAUGGUUGUGUUUUCAUAGGGCUGUGAAAGUGCACAUUAAACCCGAGCGCCUUUACCUUAGAUGAGUGCUUUUGACCCCUCUGUAAAUAACACUAUUAAAUCCAGUUGUAUAGCGCAGAUAGCUGACUGAAGAGAAUCCCCACAAUGCAGCUAGGAUAGUGUUGCGGCUACAAUUGUGUGGGUUUUUGUUUUGUUUUGUUUUGGGUUUUUUUUUGGUCUCAUCUUAAAUUUGUACAUCCUGUAUAAAAUAUGAAUGUUUCCCAAAUAAACUAUGAAUGUUUCCUGUAUAAUAUAUGAACGUUUCUGAGAAGAAACUCUAAAUAGUUAAGAGGUUAACCUGUUGAAGAUACCAAAUAAUGGUUUAACUGGACAACCUUAAAAUUAGUAUAGAGAAAAAUCCUUUGUUAUAUUUUAGUGAUCCAUCAAGAAUGAGAGAAUAUUAUAUAGUCAGAUUAUAACAUUCUUGUCUACUUUACUCUUUCUGUCUGGUUAUGAAUUUUUUUUUUAACUUCAAUAAAAACAUGCAUCUUAAAUGGGA